UGUCAACUCUGUCUCUACAAGAUAUACACGUGAUACUCACGUGACGUUUUGUUCCUUUGGAUUCAGGUUCGUGGAAAAGCAAAUCUCAUUCGGAGUCAUGCAUAAGAGACAAGUCCUAUUGCAUUCAUACCCAACUCCAAGUCGAGCUGAUUGGCAAGAAUAAAUCUCGUGACUCGGUCUAUCUGCGCCACUUGGCCAGCUUCUUGUCCUGUUGCCUUAGCCGCUUAGGUAACAAGAGAAUCUUACUUGCAGAACGCCUAUAUUACUCCAACUUCGCGUCCGCGUUUACAUUCGCGUUGACAUUCGCGUUGAAGUGUUUUAUGACUCAAAUGUUUACGUCGAUAGUAAAUACUAUUCUACUCACACAUACUUUUUUAUAUAAAAGUGACUACGCCUAUUCUAUAACUAAUUCUAGAAAAGGAGUGAGCUGAGAAGCAAACAGCCGAAAAAAUGACGCUCCUACAAUUACCCAAUGAACUCCUCACUCUCGUUGCGGGACACCUGGACAUUAGGGAUAUUUCGAUGACCUGUCGUUGUUGUCGUGUUCUCUAUCAAGCUCUAGAUCACGUUCUUUAUCGUCGAGCUGGGAACGACAUAAACACCCUCUUCUGGGCUGUUGAGUUGGGAAGAACCCAAGUAGUUAUGAAACUACUAGUAGCAGGCACCAAUCCGGACCAAGCCAAUCCCAUACUUCCCCAGCCUGGUCUUAUUAGUGAACGUAGUGAACGCUCAUCGCUCCAACGAAGCUUUCGGCAACUGGCAGCCCAAUUCGAUGAAGAGCGGUUCAUGAUCACUGGCAUUAGAAUGAGGCCACAACAGCGGUCCGAUACACCACCUUCACAGCAAUGUUCACCUCUCCAUCUUGCUGCCCGUCUAGGUCAUGACGAUAUCGUCAAUUUGCUAUUGGAUCAUGGCGCGAACAUCAACGCCCCCUCUCAUGGAUUCUGCUCGUGCAGAGGUCCCAGAGGUCCGCACGAAUAUGAUCACAGCUCAUCUUCAGACGAAGCAGGGCUUCCAUGGUGGAGGCCUCUUCAUACAGCUAUAUGCCAUAUGAAUUAUUCCACAGCCCAGAUCCUAGUAGCCCGAGGCGCCUCUUUCCAGGUAGCGUCAAGAGAAUUGGGUUCUUCAAGCAAUUACAUAACCGCUCUACACAUAUCAAGCUCUGUAGAUGCUCCCGACCUUUCCCAAUUCCUCCUAGACCACUACCAGCCACCAAUCGACAUUGAAGAUCAGCAUGGCAUGAGCCCGCUUCACUGGGCCUAUAAGGCAGGUCGUUGGAAUAUGAUCGACUGGCUGGUACAACAUGGCGCAAACAUUAAUGCUCGGGAUAGCAAUGGUUGCACGCUGCUCUUGGAUGCGUGCGCGAGAGGGUGUUUCCAAGAUGCGCUCAAUCUCAUCGAUCGGGGUGCCGACCCUAGUUCCUGCCUUGGAGCUACAUAUUUACAUCAUUGUUGCGAGGCUCCCGGUAUAUAUUCGAACACCUCAAGUUCAGAAGCUAAGCCCGGGUAUGGGUACAAAGAUAGUCGAUUAACACUUGUAAAGCGGCUCGUCGAGGCCGGGGUAGACGUUAAUGCGAAGAACCCCGAUGGUGCGACCCCUCUAGCGCUCGCGGCCGCGGGGGGCUUGGAUCUAAUCGUGGAGUACCUACUCGACGCCGGAGCCGUGGUUGAUUCUCGGGAUUCCCUUGAAAUGACUCCGCUCAUGAAUGCGUGUAACUUUAAAGGUGACCUGAAUCAUCUACUCCCGACUAUUAGGUUGCUACUUCAGAGGGGUGCCUCGACAACCAACGUGGAUUACUGUGGGCGGUCCGCUUUGGAGAUAUUAUCCCUUUCGAAGGAAAAACACCCUGACAAGUUUACCAUGUUCGAAUUAUUAUUGGAGCAUGGUUCACCCCCUGACGCGACUAGCAGUCCUACUGAAUCUCUAAUUCACCGGCUGUUUAUGGGUGGUCAUAUAGAAAUCUGCGGACUCCUACAAAAGUUUAACGCGAGGCUUCCAUCAAAUGCGGCAUUAGCCUCGAUGAUAACCAAGGCUAUCGACAAGAAUCAGGUUGCUUCUCUCCAAUAUGCUUUACAGUUCGAAGAUGCAGUUACGAUGUUGGCUACAAAGACACGCUUGCUCAAAGCUUUGGAGUCUAGAAGCUUUGCUGUUGCAAGCGUCAUCCUUGAUGCCGGUGCGCCUUGGCAAUAUGUCUCCAAGACGGGAUGGACUCCCCUACUAUAUGCAUGUAGGGGUAAAGAUAUAACGGUUGCGCGGAUGCUACUGGAAAGGGGUGCGGACCCAAACCAGUCCAACCAGAAAGGAGAGACUCCGCUUGAUCUAGCCAUCGACCAAGGAAAUUUGGCCAUGUGCGAGCUUCUACUUGAUCAUGGCGCAAACCCCUUCCCGGAACUCAUCAACCGGUCCACCGGCAAGCCUCAUACCGGAGCCCUCCUACGAGCCGUCCUGUGUGGAAACCCCGAGGUCGUGCGAGGCAUGGUUCAACGGGAUUUAUUUCGCUCGGCGCCGGCGAUCGAACAGGUCCGGUCUAUGUAUCAUGUGUGCGAUCAAGGAACAACCAGAUACUCGAAUUCGUGCCUUGAUGUCCUCCUCUGCGGAGGGGCCGAUCCGAAUAUGCCUCUCAUGCGACCUCUUACAUUUGAGUAUUGCCUUCCUUUGCAGAUUGCCAUGGCGAAGCAAAACCAAGGAGCAGUAGAUGUGCUGCUCAAGUACGGCGCGACUCCCCUCUAGUGAGUGAGACGAGUUAUAGGAUUCUCCUAAAGGCUGGACCCUUCGGUGGAUGCUGAGAAGGUAUGAAACAAAUACUCCUUUCUUAGAUAUUACGGUUAAAUGGAUGUUUGAAUGUAUCUCGAGUUAGGGUUGCCCGGAGCAGCUCAUAUUCCAUAAGCACUCUCAUUUAUUAGGUAGCUAGACGGAAAGGAAAAGAGGACGGGGAACAUGGUUGAUCCUCGUAGCGAACAUAGUGUGUUUACGGUUGACCAGACUAACAACUGUGCCAAAAUGAAAAAAGAUUAUGGGAACUUAGCUUAAAAGGGUAAUUAGCCACAGGUUAGUGCAAUUAGCUCGAUUUAUUACGGUACUUCGCAUUUUAUAUAGGAAAAAUGAAUCAUUCUUUGUAAAUACAUA